AUGGCGUCGCGCAGGCGAAUGCUCCUCAAGGUCAUCAUCCUCGGCGACAGCGGGGUCGGGAAGACGUCGCUGAUGAACCAGUACGUCAACAACAAGUUCAGCAACCAGUACAAGGCCACCAUCGGCGCCGAUUUCCUCACCAAGGAGGUCAAGAUCGACGACCGCCUCUUCACUCUACAGAUAUGGGACACGGCUGGACAGGAACGUUUUCAGAGUCUCGGUGUGGCGUUUUACCGGGGAGCUGACUGUUGUGUUCUUGUAUAUGAUGUCAAUGUUACCAAGUCGUUUGAAAAACUCAACAACUGGCGUGAGGAAUUUCUAAUUCAAGCUAGCCCAUCAGAUCCAGAGAAUUUCCCUUUUGUUUUACUUGGAAACAAGAUUGAUGUUGAUGGUGGUAACAGCAGGACUGUUUCUGAGAAAAAGGCUAAAGCUUGGUGUGCUUCCAAGGGAAACAUCCCUUAUUUUGAGACGUCUGCUAAAGAAGGCUUCAAUGUGGAAGCAGCUUUCGAGUGUAUAGCAAGGAAUGCUAUCAAGAAUGAACCUGAAGAAGAUAUAUAUCUCCCUGAUACAAUCGACAUGGGCGGUGCUGGAAGGCAACAACGCUCGUCAGGCUGUGAAUGCUAG